AUGGCGCAGCGCGGGGACAAGGGCCCGAAAGGCGAGAAAAACGGGUUUUUUCGGAAAAUGUACUCGUCAAUCAACAAUUCGUCGCGGCAAUUGGCCGUUCAUCGACAGGAAAAGGGCCAGCGCAAUGAAGCGACAGGGAGUGCCAGUGGCACUAGCAAUAGCGGUUGCCAGCCCAGUCACAACAGUCCGAGCGACGGGGCCACGACUGGCAGCGGCCACAGCGGGGGAAGCAGCAGCUCGAACGGCGGUCUGCAGCACUUUGUCAAGCACCACAGUUUUAAUGGCCAUAUGCCGUUUGCAAGGGACGAGGCGCAGCAACGGCAUGCGGCAGGUGAUUCGCAUCAGAGCAUGCUGUCCAAGCGUCCGAGUUUGAUUGUGCCGUUUUCCACGCAACAGCAGCAGAUGGGACUCGGUGCUGCUGCAGCUGGUGGUGGUGGCGGUGCUGGUGGUGGUGGUAGUGCUGGUGGCUCUGGUGGUGUUGUGGUUGAAGGCUCGCAGACGUACUUGGACGACUUCCAGGCGCCGAUUUCCAAGUCGGGCGUGUUGAUUAAACAGGCCAAUCACUUUAAAACAUGGAAGAAACGACUGAUGGUGCUGAAAGGCCAUUCGCUGUUUUACUACGUGUCGGGCACGUCUGGUGAAGACUCGUACCCUCGUGGUGUUAUUCCGCUCCAAGGGGUGCGCAUUACGCCCGUGGACUCAGCGCGGUUCAAGCGACAGAAUUGUUUCGAGAUUUGUCACCCGGGAUAUCGUCCUAUUUAUCUGAUGGCCAAGAGCGAGGCGGAUUUGAGUGUUUGGAUGAGUAGCUUGACGUCUGCUGCAAUGGCUACGACGGCGGACCGUAAGAUGUUGCUUGUGACUGAACCGCUUGAGUCGCUGUUUAACACGCCAGCGCUGGAAGACGCUGUGCCGUACAAACGGACGUUUUACUUCCGUCAGAAGGUGGCAUUCUGUAUGCCACGAAAAGAAGAUACGGGAUACACAGUCGUGGAUCUUUUCGAUUUGAAUGAGAAGCGGUUGACGACGCUGUGCGACUUGAACAGCUACUGCGACUCGUUUCCCAUGAUCUUGGACGAUCCACAGCUUUUUGUCGAACUGCUGCAUGUUGUGGGUUGCUACAUUUUCCGGCCUUUUGCUCGGCUGCAGUCGACUUCGCCUGGUAAUAUCUUUGUGGAAGAGCCGAAUCCCGAUGAGGCGGGUGUGCUCGAGAACCCGAUGGAUAAAUACUCGGAAUACACGACAGAAGAGCAGUUGUGGGGGCUAUUAUCAGCGUGUUACGACCUGCUGCUGAAGGCAAUCGAGCACAUUGACAAAUUAGAAAAGCACGUACGCAAGGAGUUUUUUCCCUUGCGGUUUAUUGCGCAGCUGGUAAAUCUGUUCAAGACGCCAUCAUUCAAAGAACGGCAAGUCUUGAAAGGCGUGCUUCAUCGACUGUAUUAUAAACUAACUCAGCGGCGGUCGGCUAUUCGCAAGGAAAUUGCCAAUACGUUUUACGAGUAUAUAUAUGAGACGUCGAACCAUUAUGGCGUGGCAGAGCUGCUGGAAAUUCUAGGUAGCAUCGUCAACGGCUUUGCAUGCCCGAUUAAGCAAGAGCACGUGGUGUUACUGGAGAAAGCGCUGAUCCCACUGCACUCGACACCUGCUUUCAUCUCGUAUCACCAACAGCUCGCGUACUGCAUGAUUCAGUAUGUGUCGAAAGACCACACUCUGUUUACUUCGAUCGUCCGCGGCUUGAUCAAAUUCUGGCCGGUAGGUAACUCGUUCAAGGAAGUUAUUUUCAUUGUGGAGUUUGAGGAGAUGCUGGAGCACGUGCUGGCGGAGACGGAUUUCGAUGUGAUUGCGCCCAAACUGGCACGGAAGCUGGGGCAGUGUAUGGUGAGCGAUCAGUUCCAGGUCGCCGAGCGUUCGAUAUCGUGCUGGAGUUCUCCAGCGUGUUUGCGCAUCAUGAACGAGUACGAGAAGUUGGGGCAGGGUAUGUUUGAUGUGAUCAAGCCGUUCUUGAAACGAGCGAUGGCAGAGCAUUGGAAUACGCUGAUUCAGCAAAAGGCUCAGGAGACGUACACCAUGUACUACAACAUGGGCUACGACAGCGACGACGCAACUGCUGCAUCAGUAGCCCUUGUCUCGGAGGGGAAAGUAUUGGAUAGCAGUGUCAAGACUGAGGAGUCAGACCCGGACGAGGAUGUUAACAAUUCUAGCGAAGCGAACGUGUCGAUAGCCGUCCGCUUGUCAGCACCAAGCGCAGUAGAGUCAUUAGAUGUAGUGCUGUCAGACGAAGAAGGUGAAGAUGAAAAGCCUGACGCGUUCUAG